AUGCGCGACGCGCUCCUCGCGCGGAACAAGAGCGUCAAGAGCGGCCCGCGGCGCCAGCGCCGCGACACGGAGCUGUUGAAAAUACCUCUCAAGUCCGUCUACGACGUCCGCGAGAAGAUCGGCAACGGGUCCUACGGUACGGUCUGCCGCUGCUGGCACGUCGGCUCCGGCGCCGAGUGCGCCGUCAAGACCGGCACGGCGGGGCCCCGGUCGGCCGCGGAGAUCGACGCGGCGCUGCAGAAGGAGAUCGAGAUCCUGACGAACAUGCACCACCCCCACAUCAUCGAGCUCUUCGACGUCUUCGACGACGCGCCGAACGACGCCGUGCACAUCGUCAUGCCCCUCUGCCGCGGCGGCGAGCUGUUCGGCCGCAUCGGCGGCGGCUUCUCCGAGGUCGACGCGGCCGUCUACUCGCAGCAGAUGCUGUCCGCGCUCGAGUACCUCCACUCCCAGGGCAUCGUGCACCGCGACCUCAAGCCGGAGAACUUCAUGUUCCUCACGGAGGACGAGGACUCGGACCUCGUCCUGAUCGACUUCGGCGUGUCGACGUUCUUCCGCCGGGGCAAGCCCCUCGACGCGGCGCUGGGCACGGUCUACUACACGGCGCCCGAGGUCUUCGACGGCGAGUACGACGAGAAGUGCGACGUCUGGUCCAUCGGCAUCAUCAUCUACAUGCUCUUGGCGGGCCACGCGCCCUUCGAGGACGCGAAGCACCGCGAGUACAAGAUCGUCUCCGCGAUCCGGAACAAGCCGCCGCCCUUCAAGGACCGCGAGUGGGCCGGCGCGAGCCCCGAGGCCAUCGCCUUCCUGAAGCGCCUCCUCGUCAAGGACCCCGCGCGGCGGCCGGGCGUCACGGAGGCCCUGGGCGACGCGUGGUUCAAGGUCGAGAACGUGUCCGCGCUCGUCGCCUACGGCGAGGACAUCGUGCUCCGCCUCGGCCGCUUCCAGCAGAUGAACGCCAUGAAGAAGGUCGCGCACCAGAUGAUCGCGACGGAGCUCACGGAGGCGGAGAUCGGCCACCUGCAGCAGCAGUUCCGGCUCCUCGACACGGACGGCGACGGCGUCAUCACCGUCGGCGAGCUCAUGACGGCCAUCGCGGAGAUCGAGGCGACGGACAGCGCCGGCAGCUCCAAGGCGCUCCUGCGGGGCCUCGAGGCGUCGCUCUCCGACUCGGCGCACGAGGACGACGCCGUGCUCGACAUCGACGAGUUCAUCGCCGCGACUGUGGCCCCGACGUCACCGGUUGAUGUCCACGCAGGCCACCACACGCUGCUCAAGGAGGACUCGCUCAAGGCGGCCUACGAGAAGUUCGACGUCAAGGGCACGGGCACGAUCACCGUCGAGGACCUGGAGCUGGCCUUCGGGUCGAAGAAGCACGCCCAGGAGGUCUUCGACCUCGUGGACGCGAACGGCGACGGCGAGAUCAGCUUCGACGAGUUCCGCGAGAUGAUGGGCCUGAGCCCCAACGAGGUGAGCGACGCGCCCCACGGCGGCGGCCACGGGCCCGCGGGGCCCGCCGUCGGCACGACGAGCCGGCCCCGGGCCCAGAGCGCCCACGCGCGCAUCAAGGAGCACGCCGCGCACGAGCGGCGCAAGUCCAUCGAGGCGGGCAAGGCGACGCCGCCGCGGCCGUCCCUCGCGUCGAUCAAGUCCGCCGGCUCGAACUCGCCCGCCUGGAACUCGUCCACGGGCCUCGACGUCGAGGACCCGCGCGGCGAGCGCCUCGGCUAA